UGCCCUUUCUGAAGAAGAAAAAUCUACAUUGUGUGAGGGACUUAUUACUAACUUUAAUGAGUCAGUGAAUCAGAUAGCAACUCAGAUCUCUGUACUGAUUGCCAAGGUCACUAGGGUGGACUGCCCAAAGCAGUGGCCAGAACUUAUUCCCACUCUUCUGGAAUCUGUGAAAGUCCAAGAUGACCUUCAACAACACAGUGUGUUAUUUACCUUCUAUCAUGUUACAAAGACCCUGGCAUCCAAGCAACUUGCUGCAGAUAGGAAACUCUUUUAUGAUCUUGCAUCUGGUAUUUACAAUUUUGCAUGUUCCUUGUGGAAUCAUCACACAGAUACAUUCCUACAGCAAGUUUCUACAGGGAAUGAGGCUGCAGCCAUAAAUUCAUUAGAAAGAACAUUGUUGUCAUUGAAAGUCCUUCGUAAACUGACCAUACAUGGGUUUGUAGAACCUCAUUGGAGUGGAGAGGUGAUGGGUUUUUUACAUGCAGUGUUUGAAUGACUAAAACAGUUUUUGGCGUGUAGUAAGUAUAAGCCAAUACGCCGACAAGUAAUUUGGCUGAUUGGACAAUGGAUCUCUGUAAAAUUCAAAUCAGAUUUGAGACCUAUGUUAUAUGAGGCGAUUCGUAACUUGCUUCAGGACCAAGACUUAGUGGUCCAUAUAGAGGCAGCUACAAUGCUGAAGUUAACUGUAGAUGACUUCAAAUUCAGAACUGACCAGUUCUUACCAUAUCUGGAAUCCAUGUUUACACUGCUCUUUCAGCUGCUUCAGGGAGUUACAGAAUGUGACGCCAAAAUGCACAUUCUUAAUGUUCUUUGUUGUGUGAUUGAAAGAGUCAAUAUGCAGAUACGGCCAUAUGUAGGAUGUUUGGUUCAAUAUUUACCCCUGCUUUGGAAACAGAGUGAGGAGCACAAUAUGCUACGAUGUGCCAUUCUAACCACACUAAUCCAUCUUGUUCAGGGACGAGGAGCAGACAGCAAAAAUCUCUAUCCUUUUCUACUUCCGGUGAUUCAACUAAGUACAGAUGUCCAGCCUCUGCACAUCCAUCUUCUGGAAGAGGGUUUAGAAUUGUGGUUAGUAACAUUGGAGAAUAGUCCCUGUCUUACACCGGAGCUCCUGAGAAUAUUUCAGAACAUGUCUGCCCUUCUUG